AGAGAGGGCUCGUCUCCAGCAUCUAGCACUACAGAGCAGAGGCUGUGUGGAGAAUGGCUGCAAAAUCGGACCCGGUGGUCGAAGCCCUUUCCUUCCUGGUUGUGAGUACGAGCCCGGCAGACACCAUGAACGCUGUUGCAGGGGAGUGAGCCUGUGCUCGACACAUGUGUUUCCCAUUGGUAGCUGGAGACAGCCCAGUAGCUGUGAGUCGGUCUGACAAAGCCACGUUGAAGCACAGAGUACGGUUUCAAAGCAGUCCGAAAAAGGACGGGAAUGCUGUUCAGGAAAUUCUUCAGGCAUGGGCAGGGACUUGGCUGCGGUGCUGCACUUGGAAAAUCUGACGGGGGCAGCUUCUGAGCACAGGCCGGGCCUGCUCACGCCCAGCGGGCCGAGCGGCCGCCGCCGUCAGAGCUGCUCAGCACGCCCCGGGGUCGCCAGCGGCUUUCACCGGCCGGUGUGUGCACCGGACAGGAGAGAGACAUUACUGCUGGGAGUGUUGAGUGAAGGGACCAGGUGGAGAUGAUGCCUCAGGAACAGUACACUCACCACCGGAGCCCCAUGCCUGGCUCCGAGGGGCCACAGGUAUACAAGGUGGGGAUUUACGGCUGGCGGAAACGAUGCCUGUAUUUCUUUGUCCUGCUCCUCAUGAUUUUAAUACUGGUGAACUUGGCCAUGACCAUCUGGAUUCUCAAAGUCAUGAACUUCACAAUUGAUGGAAUGGGAAACUUGAGGAUCACAGAAAAGGGUCUAAAGCUAGAAGGAGACUCCGAAUUCUUACAACCUCUCUACGCCAAAGAAAUCCAGUCCCGACCAGGUAACGCCCUGUACUUCAAAUCGGCCAGAAAUGUUACAGUGAACAUUCUCAAUGACCAGACUAAAGUGCUAACUCAGCUGAUAACAGGUCCAAAAGCUGUAGAAGCUUAUGGCAAAAAGUUUGAAGUAAAAACUGUUUCUGGAAAAUUGCUCUUCUCUGCAGACGAUAAUGAAGUCGUAGUAGGAGCUGAAAGAUUAAGAGUUUUAGGAGCGGAGGGCACAGUGUUCCCUAAAUCUAUAGAAACACCUAAUGUCAGGGCAGACCCCUUCAAGGAACUAAGGUUGGAGUCCCCAACCCGGUCUCUAGUGAUGGAGGCCCCAAAAGGAGUAGAAAUCAAUGCAGAAGCUGGCAAUAUGGAAGCCACCUGCAGGACAGAGCUGAGACUGGAAUCCAAAGAUGGAGAGAUUAAGUUAGAUGCUGCGAAAAUCAAACUACCUAGGCUGCCUCAUGGAUCCUACACGCCUACAGGAGCGAGGCAGAAGGUCUUCGAGAUCUGCGUCUGCGCCAAUGGGAGAUUAUUCCUGUCUCAGGCAGGAGCUGGGUCCACUUGUCAGAUAAACACAAGUGUCUGCCUCUGAAAGACUAUCCAUAGUGGACAUUGUCAGCAGCAUCAAGGCCUUUUUUUGGCUUUAGACGCUGGCUGCCAGCUAUUUUUACUAGAACACAGAAAGCCUAUCAAAGACCUUUUGUGUGUGUGUAUGCGUGUGUGUGUGCGCUUGAGUGUGUUUGCAUAUGUGGGUGGAUAUAAAUAUAUAUAAAUAUAUAUAAAUAAAUAUAUAUAUCCUCUGUAUAAAAUGAGGUUUCAGUACAAAAGGAACCAUGGGUGACCCUGUGAUAGCCACUGUCAUUUUCCAUCCCAUCCCCACCACCUACGUGACAAAAAUCUAAAUACACAUCCGUCCUAACAUUCCCCAGACUAUUCAGAAUCACACAGCAUGUUCGACACUGACGAGCUUCAUCUAGAUGUUUGAGCAGCCAUGUAUCUUCUCCCUUAGUGUCAUUGUGAGGGAGUGAUGGCGGGAAUCUCAAAGCUGCACUCAAGCUCUGAGACCUUUGUAUCAAAAAUAGGCAUUUGGUUUCCUGUUUUAGCUUUAGUAAAGCUGGCUAACCUCCUCCUCUUCAAGGUAGGGACUGGCAACGCUGUAGAAGUCAGCCACAGGAACCCAAAAUGGCUGCCCUACCUUGGCAGCCAAACAUAUUGAGGUUUUUGUAGUUGAAUGAAUGAGGAGGAUGAAUUUCAGCACAUUUUGAACUACUCAUCCAACUUCUGCUGUCUUGCUCCCUCAAACUCCCGGACUCUCCCACAAUCAAAUUAGGAGCUGUAAAUCAGCACAAAAUAAGAUAACAGCUGUUCCUCAGUCAGCUGGAAACUACUCAGUGGGCUGACAGGCAAUGAACAAAUGGGUGAUAUGUCUCUGUUUAAAGGAAAAAUGGCUUAAAAGCUGUUCUGUUCCCACUUCUGACUUUAUCCAGUAUAUUUCAACACACAAUAAUCAGGUUAUUCAAAAUCCCCAAGAGCAGAACUCCUACUCCAAGAGAAGCCUGGAUGUCUAAUUAAGAGUAGCAUCAGGAACCUAAUUAUGCUUACUAUGUUUCUUGCGAUUGGUGGGUAAUGUAAAAACAUGUCCUUUAUUUUUAAAGGCAUGCACAAACUCUCUGACUUUGAUCUUCUUAUAUUUGUCCUGGGAUAUUCAUAUUCCUAAAUCCACUAAUGUGCUUUCUCUAAGAAGCACUACGUGCCACCAGAAUUGCUCACUGAAAGAUAAUAUAAACUAAGUCAAGUGUCUUUAUGAGAAUCACUGUGUCCCGUGGGGCCCAGCAGUACCUCCUCCCCUGUAUGUAGAAGCAGCACCUGAAUUCCCGCCAUCAGCUACCUCUCAUCACCCCACCUUCAUCAUCAUGCUCCAGGGUCACCCUGGCCAGCUCUUGUGCUGGGACAGGGGAUUACACCAUCUCUGUUCAAAGAGGAGGAAAUGUGCCUAUGCCUUAAGUCAAUGCACUCAGCAAGGAGAAGCACAUCUAAUUUAUCUCGUUACCUAUAGUUUAUUUUGGGAGAUUGGAGGAGGAUGACUUAGUUAUGACUGGACAUCUUAACAGCUGAUAGAUAAACCAAAUGGUUGGCAGAUGAGGACUCUCAGGAGCCCAGAAUGAACUCAUCGCUGGCUUAGACUGUCCUGGAUGCCAUUUGGAAAGCAGUGGCCCUGCAAGUCUAAAUGAAAUUGUAUUUGUAGGCCUGGGUGGCAUUCGGGUUUGUUUUACUUUUCCCUCAGCGAGGUUUUAAUUUUUCUUACUUUACAAGCAGGCGGUGUUUUGUACAGGAGAUAAAUAAAAGAUCUGAUAUUUUUUUGAGAUGACACUCAAGCGUCAGGCUGAGAUUUGCACACACAGAUGUAAAAGCAAGCUGUGUGUUGCUCGGUCACUUACAAGUAGAUGGUGGGGGAUGGGGGAUGGGUCCUAGCCUGGCCAGUGAUGAACCAGUGAUGUUGCUUUUGGCAUCCAGACCCCAAACUCACUCUGAGCACUCUCGCUCAGUAUUUCAUCCAGAGAGUUGGGCUGGUCAUUCUUAGGGUGAGACCCAGUGAUUGGUUGGUUUGCAGCACUAGGGUCCAAAAAGGAAAACCAUAAAAGACAUCAGAUUACUCUGGAUCUGUAGAAUUAAUAUCCCACAGGGCCAUGCUGUCAGAAUCUGUAUGUAUCAAUAGGGGGUUUUUCCAAGCCAGGAAAGGCCCUCCUUGGCUACUAGGAUCACCUACCCCAUAUCAUUCAGAUAAACAAUAAUAGCUACGAGGUCGUUUGUGGCCAGAUAGGUUAAGAUGGGUGAUUGUUUUUUAAGAAGACACUCUGCAUUUUGCCAUCUCAAGUUCAUUAUCUUUGGAUGACAAAAGAGCAAAAAGUCCCCAGAACAUUUUCCUUAGAUAUUGUUCUAAUCACUACAUGAAAGAAUGAGGUUAGCACCAGAUGUUUUAUGCAAAUAAAAAAGACUGGUGUGAUUCCACAUGCAAAAUUUAAUCCUAAGGGUGAUGAGAUCACAAAUACAAUAAAAAUAAGAACAAUCAACAGUAUAAAUCACAUACCUGUUGGGAACAGAUACGAUAAAAUUCUAUUUUUCAUUUAUGCUAAGUGACCACAAUAUACAAAGUAAUAAGCAGGAAAUUUGGUAUGGCUUAAAUUAUGUAUUUCAGUUCAGAUUUCAGAAAUUGGUAGUAAAAUGCAUUCUAAGUUUCUCAAUGUACAUCUUUUUAUCCCAACACCCUCAAACUAGAAUAUUUGUCCAUGAUCAUGAGAAAAAAUUUUACCUGAAUUCUUGGGUGGGAAGAAAAGCUUUUACAUUAAAAUCUACUAACACCUACUUUUUAAAAAA